AUGCCUGUUAUUCAAGUGAAACCGAUUUCACUUGACCUCCCUACUGAUUCUACGAAGAGAAACGUGGAGCCUGAAAAGUCAUCGCAGUCUUCCAAAUGGAAAGACUUUGCCUCGAACACAACUCUUCACGGACUGCGAUACAUUGUCCAAAACGGGCUUUCCAUUCACAGGCGAGCGUUAUGGCUGACAUUCCUUUGCGCUUCUGCCAGUUUCUAUACUUAUAACGCAACCAUAAGCUUUGGGAAAUUCAUGUCAAGACCUACAAAGACAGUAAUUACACAAGAAACGCCAACUGGCGGCUUGAAGUUUCCGUCAGUGACCAUCUGCAAUUUAAACAAGUUUAUGAAAUCCAAGAUAGAUAUGGCAGAUGACAAUGAAAACUUUAUAAAAAUGGGAUUGAACAUAAGUGGAUGCCAUGAGACGCGAGAGGUUCGAGGAAAUCUCACUUGUGGCCAAGCAUUCCUGUGUGCUUAUUACAUAUAUGGCCCGGCUGUUGUAAAUGGCUGUAAUGAAACCACGCGCCAGAACAUAAUCAAUGUUCUUACUGGCUCAUCAAAGCGUUUACUGGACGAAGAAAAAUUUCUCACCAACUAUGGGCAUGACUUUGUUGGCUUGUGGUUUAAGUAUUGUAGCUUCGCUUCUCUAGGGCCAUGCUCUGAAAAAGACUUCGUUCGGACUCUUACAGCAAGGUUCAUUUGUUAUACAUUCAACUCUGGGCAUAAUGAAUCCGGUACGAUGUUCUAUUCGAAAUUUGAAGGACCCGACCUUGGCCUCAACAUUAUUCUGAAUGUUCAAACUAAUGAAAGCACACUGAGUGACUUUUCAACCGGAUUAAAAGUGAUUGUGCACAAUCAAAAAGCAUUUGUUAACCCAAAUAGUGGAUUUAACAUAUACCCGGGUACUCAUGCGACAGUUGCGCUCAAGUUAAGGGAGCACAAAAGACUUCCAGCACCUUUCGGAACAAACUGCAGCACCAAGGACCAGUUGCCUGGAGUAGGUACUUACACAAAGGACGGCUGUAUUUACCAAUGUCUUACAAAUCUGACGUCCCAUCAGUGUGGAUGCCGUAUACCUGGUUUUCCAGAUGUGAGGCAGUUCCCUGUGUGUUCUAGUUUUCGAGACGCUGCAUGUAUUGGAAAUGCUGCAAUGGACGCCAACUUGACAGAGUGCCAAUGCCACAACCCAUGCUCUGAACUUGAGUAUGAGUCACGUGUUUCUUACUCCAAAUUUCCACAUUCUUCUGUGAUUAAACUGCGCUUUCAAAUUUCUUUGGCUGGACGGGGCCUAGAUUGGUGCCUAGUCCUUAUAUCUGUGCUAAUACUGUCACUGCAAUUUGUCACAGGUGAGCUUGGUGGCAAUAUGGGCUUGCUCCUUGGAUGCAGUUUAAUGACGCUCUUCGAGUUCAUUGACUUCCUGUGGGAAGUUGUAACGUCCAAGAUACGGAAGCGUUCGAGGAGUGAGGACACUCAACCUAACAACGGCUAUUAUUAAACAAUUCUGAUGUCAUCGUAUGGCACUAGAGUUCUGACAGCCCCGCUCGGAUCGAUGUUGUAGUGUCUCUUACUUUGUAAUUCAGCUAGGAAGGAUACAGAUGCUCUAGUGUUACUUACACCAUAGUUAAGAGAGAGGAAUGGUUAAGAAGCGCGUAAACAUCAAAGAAGCAAACAAGCAGGCUAAGAUUUAUGUUGGAAGGUUCUUGAUCCGGCAAAUCUUUUGUUUUAUCUUCAUUGACUAUAUGCACGAAUAACAUAAUCGUAAAGAUUCUAUUGGUUAGUUGUCUGAGCACCACCAUUUUGUAUUUUGCCAGGUUUUGUGCAGGGUCAAGCCCCAAAAUCUCAUCUCACUCUAUCCCUCAUCGUGCUCUGUAGGACACCUAUGGCCAUUCAGAAACGCCUUUUACCCAUUUCAGUCUCUCGCUGACAGCCAUCCCAUCUCCUUUCGCUCUCUCUCUACCCCGCUCCUCCAGGUCGUCGGUGGCCUGCCUGGUCUUCUUUUGCCUCCUAGAUUAGGGAUGCCCAGGUCAGUGCAGUUCUGCCGAUGUUAUUGCAAGAACUGUUAUUGAUGUUAUUCUGAUCCCCAAAAGACCCAAAAAAGAAAACAUACAACAAAGAACUUUGCCAGGUCUCUUAACCAUUUUAACUCUAUUAACUAUGCUUACACUUUGUAAAAAUACGUUUAGUACAAUAGCAUUAACAUGUGCAAGUUAUCCUAAAUCAUUUUCCUUCCUACGUUUUAACAACCAUGUAUAAACCUAGUUGUCAUGAUUAUUUUGGGGCUUCAAUCCAUUUUAACGGCUCUUUUCACCUUAACAGAUAGCACAUUUAAAUACAGCUGCAUAUAAAACGUGUACAAAGAUAAGCAUGUGCAACUACAUUCUAAUAUGCCGAAUUAUUCUCGCAUUGUGAUUCGGCUCUUGCAUCGUGAUUAACA